UUCAUCAGUACGAUCCAACGAUUGAAGUAGUGUUAUAGUGCGCGGUGAUUGUGAUUCAGUGAUAACUGCAGAUGGAGGUCGACAAACAAAAAACCGCUUCUGCAGCCAUCCCAAAAGAACUCGAGGGGGUGAUUCAAUCUAAAGUCGCUGAAAUAGUAACAAGUAUUUUAGAAAAUACAAAACUUGGUCGAAGAAAACGCAGACACUCUAGAUCAGAGUCCAGUCGUUCCAGAUCAAGAAGCAAAUCCAGAUCUAGAAGUCGCGGAGGUCGUUCUAGAUCCAGAAGUAAAAGUAGAAGUAGACACGGAUAUUAUAAGCAUGGGAGUAAGAAGUCACGUAGAUCUUGUAGUAGAGAACGAUGUGACGUAUCUUGCAGUAGAGAUAACGAACCGUGUGUAGGUUGGGAGAAUUUCGGACCGUUUCCUCCACGUCAUCACCAUCAUUUUCAUCACCACCCUCCACAUCAUCACGGUUGGUUUCGUGGUGAAUUUGGACCUUGGGCUAGAAAAGGAAAAUGGGGUAGGCCUGGCAGAUUCCCCUGGAAUUCGAAUUGCAAAUGUGGUAAUGGUACUGAAGCGAAAGAAUCAGAAAAAACCAAAGAUGAUACAAAAGAAAAAGAAGGUACACCAGCUGCUGAGAGAUAUAUGACGAGUGAUCUUGAGUAUUUGGAUCUAUGUGAUGAUGCAGAUGAUAUUGAAUAGAUUAUUAUUUUUUUUUGGCUUGUAAUUCAUAUAUUGUAUUUUUACGUAUUAUAUUGUAUUAUUAUAAUUUGUAUUUGAAACUUUUAUGUGUAAUUAUAUUUCAAUAAAUUAAAAAAUUAUUGACA